AUGAGUGGCCAUAAACAAAACAAAGAUGCAGACCCUACCUUCGGAGGUCUAAGUGCAGGCUACAGUAGUGAUGUUGAACUUGGGCAUAAUAUAUCGCUUCCCUCUCAAAAAAUAGACAUGCUCAAAGAAAACGUGUUAACCAAACGAACUUUAGAUGACAAUGAGCAUGCUGAAAGAAAAGGCUCUAUAACAUUAUCUAUAGAAAGUGUGUCGCCAACUGAGAGCAGACGAUCAGUUGUGGAUCGAAUAAGCAAUUUCAGUCCAUUGACGAAGGUGAAGGAUAAGGAUUUGUUGGCCCCACAGAGCCCCCAAUUACUUGGCUCCAGGAAAAUGAGUUCACCGCACAUGCGGUUGUUGAGUCGCGAAAACUCAUCGGACGACGGCAGUCCUGUGAGAACUAGUGCCCGUAUGAGUCCUCUAGGGUUUAAGCCGUUGCAGGGUUUUAACGACAAUCCGUUCGAUGACAUCAGUGACAGAGACGAUGAAACGCCAGAAUUCGGCCUGUCCAAGUUCGAAUAUUUAGAACUUCAGAUUGAAAAAUUGGCAG